ACACCAGUCGGGCUGGACACCGCAUCUCCCCAUCUCCUAGCACAUCACAUGAUGUCCACACAAGACAACAGCGGCAUCCCAGUGUCCUCGGCCCCAGAGGGCCGAGGCUACAGGCUCUUCGAGCUCCCGCCCGAAGUCGAGUCGGCUCUCACAUCACAAGCUCCUCCAGUCCUAUACAUCAAGCAUCCCGAGGAAGCCUCAACAGCUCAACUGUCCGUCCCUGGCGGCAAGACGUAUGCGCUCCAGCAGAAGAACACGUCCAACGCGCUCCUCAUCCUCUCACCGUCGACUGACGACUCCGUCCCCGGGCUCGCUUCCGUUGCCACUGUUCAUGAGAUCAUCGAACUGUUGCCCGAAGCACCUGGGCCCGAGGCUCGGGGAAACAAGGGCAAGUGGCACGAAAGAUUUGGCAAGAAUCGGUGACGAACAAGGCAUUACUGUUGACAACAAGCAUUCCUUCCAGUUCUGGAAGGUGGGUUAGGACAUGACGUCCAAUUUUUGAGUCGUAAUAACUUUCUUUCUUUCCAUUCUCCGGAUAACUCAUUGCAUC